AUGGACUCCUCGCGCAAGCGUCAGCGCAGUUUUGACGAGGGCAAUGAAUUCGGAGCUUUGGCAUCUCUCUCACGGCCCAUUAGUCCUCCGCGAAAAAGGUUUCGUCAGGUUGUACAAAAGUCGCCAUGGCAGCUCACCAGAAUUCGAGAUGUCCCAGAAGAAUUGAAUAAGGAUACCGUGACUCUGGAGGAUAUCCUGGGUGACCCCUCCAUCACCGAAUGCUGGCAGUUCAACUUCCUUCACGACAUCCCCUUCGUAAUGGAUGCCUUUGACCAGCACGUUAGAGAUUCGGUUCAGUUACACGUGGUUCACGGAUUCUGGAAAAGAAAUGAUUUGAAUCGUGUUGUUCUUUCGGAGCACGCAUUGCAACACCCCAACGUGCAUCUGCAUUGCGCGCCCAUGCCUGAGAUGUUUGGGACGCAUCACUCCAAGAUGAUGAUACUAUUUCGCUCUGACAACACCGCGCAAAUCAUCAUCCACACAGCAAACAUGAUUCCAAAAGACUGGACCAACAUGACCAACGCCGUCUGGAGAUCUCCAAAGCUCCCAUGGAUGUCGGAACUGGAUACCGGACUCCAGCAAGCAGAGCAAUUUUCCAUCGGCAGUGGGGCGAAGUUCAAGGCGGAUCUAUUGACCUACUUGAUGCAAUAUGACUCCCAUAGGGUUACUUGCAAACAGCUCGUAGAUCGUCUCCUCAAUUUCGACUUCUCCAGCAUACGGGCAACCCUAAUAGCCAGUGUUCCGGGCAGACACAACUUGUAUGAUCCAAGUAACCCGACCUGGGGUUGGACUGCGUUAAAGAAAUGUUUACAAGGUGUGCCUGUUGAGCCCGGAGAGUCCCAAAUCGUGGUUCAAAUAUCUUCUAUUGCGACUCUUGGUGCCAAGGACGAUUGGCUGCAAAAGACGUUGUUUGACACGCUGGCCACAACCCGGAGCCAGAAUACGAAGUGGCCAAGCUUCAAGGUCGUCUUCCCCACGGCAGACGAGAUCCGGAACUCGUUGGAUGGAUACGCUUCGGGGCAAUCGAUUCACACCAAGAUUAAGUCGGCGCAGCAUAUCAGGCAGCUGCACUAUCUCCAUCCGAUGCUGCGUCACUGGGCCAACGACAAUGCAAAUGGAGCAGGGCCUCUUGAACAGCCGCCUACUAUUAGCGGCGAUAGCGGGCGAAACCGUGCGGCCCCGCACAUCAAGACUUAUACCCGCUUCAACCAGAACAAUUCGAUUGACUGGGCCCUGCUAACAUCGGCAAACAUGUCGAAACAGGCGUGGGGCGAGGCACCCAAUUCUACCGGGGAUGUUCGAAUCGCUUCCUGGGAGGUUGGCGUGUUGGUGUGGCCGGGGCUGCUCAGUGAAAACGGGGUCAUGGUGAGCUCGUUCCAGUCAGAUACCCCGGAUGCAUCGCCAUUCACAGAAGGACAAAGGCCUCUCAUUGGCCUUCGGAUGCCAUAUAGCAUGCCGCUGCAGGCCUACGGGAAGGGCGAGGUCCCUUGGGCUGCAACUGCGGCCCACUCCGAGCCUGAUUGGAAAGGCUUCAUGUGGACGUACACUCCCAGCGACACUGCUUAG